CCGACGUGACGUGAUGCACGCGACAACCAGGAACUGGUUGGCAGUCAAUCGAUUCACGGUGUUGUAAUUGUGAUGGCGACUGCCAAGAAACUGACAGACAACCACCUCACCUGUGUCAUCUGUACCGAGGUGUUCACAGACCCUGCCACACUUCAGUGUAAUCACACAUUCUGUAAGUCUUGUCUGCUAAAAUACACCAACACACAGCCUGAUGCAAUACAAGCCAAGUCCAUCCCAUGUCCCUCCUGUAGACAACUGACGAAGGUGACCACCCCUGACAGUCCAGUAGAGGAGUGGGUCAGUCAGCUGAAACCAAGCCAUGUCAUACAGGGGCUGAUGGACGACUUUGGACCAGAGAGCAAAGCGGCCCAUGUAAAUAUCUGCAGUGUUUGCAAAACACAAGAGAAGACAACUCCUGCCACCUCGUGGUGCUCCGUCUGUGACGAGGUCUUCUGUGAUGGAUGUCUGAAGAUGCACAACAUGAUGUCAAUGUCACGUAACCAUGAAGUUGUGGGUUUGUCUGAUACCACCAAAAGAAAAGCCAAGCAAUGCUUCAUGUGUAAAUCCCACAAAGACGAACAGAUUAAGUUGUUCUGUAAGGAUUGUAGGACGGCCAUUUGUCAUACAUGCUGCAGUAUAAAACACAGGAAAUGUGACGAUGUUGAUACUUUAGAUAAUAUGACCCCUGUUGUCAGAGAACACCUGUCAAAUCAAAACCAAGAUGUGAAACUCAAAAUGACAACUUCAGAAAAGAGAAUUAUCUUCAAGAAAUCUCAACUUGUAAAAACAGAGUCUAAUGCGCAAAGUACCAUGGAGGAAAUCAGGCAAUUACGCCAGAAAGUGGUAGAAGUGAUUUUACGGAAGGAGAAACAACUCCUUGAUAAAGUUGAUCGGUUUUCCAAUAAACAAUUACAGGAAUUACAAGCGGAAAUGAAAUACCAGGAGAUUGAGCUGCAGAUGUACCAGCAACAGUAUGAGUUCACAGCCAAUGCUGUCACGUCCAACUGUGAGAUGGACAUGUAUGCCAUCUAUGAGUCGGUGGGUGAGGAGUCGACAGACAACGGAGACACGGACAACCGACCAGCACCAGGAAGGGCUGUAUUUACUCACGACAUGGACAAGCUGAGUAAAGCAGUAGAUGAACUCCAGCUUGGGGAGGUUGAUGUUGUUUGUGAUGUUAGUGACGUUAGUGACCGCCAGUCUACCCCUGUUCUACAUCACACUAUUGACUGUAAGGCAAAUGAAAAUGACAGUGGGGAGCCUUAUUUGUAUGACGUCACAGUGUUGACUGUUGAUGGUAUAAAAGUAACAGUAGUUGCAGAUUACACUAACAACAGCAUCAAAACAUAUCAAACAUCAAAACAAAACACACUAAGUAAUCGUCUAUUUGUUUCCAAUUGUCCUCGUCAAAUAGCAAAGCUAAAUGAGAGUCGGAUAGCUGUCAGUGUUCCGGGCAGUCAUGAAAUAGUUACAGUGGAUGUUACUCCAGAUCCUGUAUUGCUGUCAACUAUCAAAACAACUAAAAGGUACUACGCUCUAGCCUGUCUGAGUCCUUCACAGCUGGUUGCAGGUACAGAUGGACAGUCUCACUCUGUGCACAUACUGGACAUGACAGGGAAUAUACUGAAGUCUAUCAACACGGGUGUCAUAGAGAAUCCGGACCGUAUCCAUGUCACCAGUAAUAACAACUUGAUAGUCAGUGAUGGAUCAGUAAAAUCCCUCGUAUCUGUGACCAGGGAAGGAGAAGCUGUUUUCACCUACACACCCACAGGGGACAGAGCUUUGAGAUGGCCAUGUGGUAUCACAACAACCAGCACAGGAGAUAUCCUGUUUGUAGCCUGCCACUCCCACAAGGUGAUUCAGCUGACAGAGUCAGGGCAGUUUGUCAGAGAUGUCCUCACACAACAGGAUGGUCUGAAAUAUCCCCGUGGUAUCUGUGUUGAUGGAGACGGGUUUGUGUAUGUUGCGUUUAUGCGAUAUGUAAAGGUAUUCGAAUUUAGAAAGUGAGGCGUGGUUCAAAUGUGUGCAUAAUUCAAUCACACAGUACACUUUCUGUUGCAGGUCAACUUCACGUAUUGUUUAUGGCUUCUAAUGUAAUUCACAAAGUUAGGACAUUGA